AUGGCACAGAAAUGGAAUCAAGAAACCCUGAUCACAGAUAAGGGGGUAGACCCCAAGUUCCUGAGAAAUAUGCAUUUUUCCAGGAAGCACAAAAAGAAGGGCCUUAAAAAGAUGCAGGCAAACAAUGCCAAGGCCAUGUGUGCACGUGCUGAGGCAGUCAAGGCCCUGGUAAGGCCUAAGGAGAUCAAGCACAAGAUGCCAAAGAGUGCCAGCUGCAAACAUGAUUGCCUUGCCUUGCUUGCCCAUUCCAAGCAUGGGAAGCAUGCUCAUGCCCACAUGGCCAGGGAACACAGGUUGUCCCAACCAAAAGCCAAAGCCCAAGUCAAGACCAAGGCUACAACUCCAGCUCCAGUAUCAGCAUUGACUCCGACUCCUGCCAAGGGUGCCCAGGCCCCCAAGGGUGGCCAGGUCUCUGUGAAGGCUCCAUAA